AUGGGCAGCAACAAGAGCAAACCCAAGGAUGCCAGCCAGCGGCGCCGUAGCCUGGAGCCCACUGAGAAUGCCCACGGUGGAAGUGGGGGAGCCUUCCCCACCUCACAGACCCCCAGCAAACCGGCCUCUGCUGAUGGCCACCGCGGCCCCAACACGGCCUUUGUCUCGGCAACUGCCGAGCCCAAACUGUUUGGAGGCUUCAACUCCUCUGACACAGUCACCUCCCCGCAGAGGACGGGGCCUCUGGCUGGUGGAGUAACCACCUUUGUGGCCCUCUAUGACUAUGAGUCGAGGACAGAGACGGACCUGUCUUUCAAGAAGGGAGAACGGCUCCAGAUUGUCAACAACACGAGGAAGGUGGAUGUCAGAGAGGGAGACUGGUGGCUGGCCCACUCACUUAGCACAGGACAGACGGGCUACAUCCCCAGCAACUACGUGGCACCCUCCGACUCCAUCCAGGCUGAGGAGUGGUAUUUUGGCAAGAUCACCAGACGCGAGUCAGAAAGAUUGCUGCUCAAUGUGGAAAACCCACGAGGGACCUUCCUAGUACGAGAAAGUGAGACCACAAAAGGUGCCUACUGCCUCUCCGUGUCUGACUUUGACAAUGCCAAGGGCCUCAAUGUGAAACACUACAAGAUCCGAAAGUUGGACAGCGGUGGCUUCUACAUCACCUCCCGGACCCAGUUCAACAGCCUGCAGCAGCUUGUGGCCUACUACUCCAAACAUGCCGACGGCCUGUGCCACCGCCUCAUCACCGUGUGCCCAACGUCCAAGCCACAGACUCAGGGCCUGGCUAAGGAUGCCUGGGAAAUCCCCCGAGAGUCAUUGAGGCUUGAGGUCAAGCUGGGCCAGGGCUGCUUCGGGGAGGUGUGGAUGGGGACCUGGAACGGCACCACCAGAGUGGCCAUCAAAACCCUGAAGCCGGGCACGAUGUCACCAGAAGCCUUCCUGCAGGAGGCUCAGGUCAUGAAGAAACUGAGGCAUGAGAAACUGGUACAGCUGUAUGCCGUAGUGUCUGAAGAGCCCAUUUACAUCGUCACUGAGUACAUGAGCAAGGGGAGUUUGCUGGACUUUCUCAAGGGAGAGACAGGCAAGUACCUACGGCUGCCUCAGCUGGUGGACAUGGCUGCUCAGAUUGCCUCAGGCAUGGCGUAUGUGGAACGGAUGAACUACGUCCACCGGGACCUCCGUGCUGCCAACAUCCUGGUUGGGGAGAACUUGGUGUGCAAAGUGGCUGACUUCGGGCUGGCUCGACUCAUUGAGGACAACGAGUACACUGCCCGGCAAGGUGCCAAAUUUCCCAUCAAGUGGACUGCCCCGGAAGCUGCCCUGUACGGCCGGUUCACCAUCAAGUCCGAUGUGUGGUCCUUUGGAAUCCUGCUGACUGAGCUCACCACAAAGGGACGGGUGCCUUACCCUGGGAUGGUGAACCGUGAAGUACUGGACCAGGUAGAGCGGGGUUACCGGAUGCCCUGCCCGCCCGAGUGCCCUGAGUCCCUGCAUGACCUCAUGUGUCAGUGUUGGCGGAAGGAGCCAGAGGAGCGGCCCACGUUCGAGUACCUGCAGGCCUUCCUGGAAGACUACUUCACGUCCACCGAGCCCCAGUACCAGCCUGGCGAGAACCUAUAG